AUGACGGUCAGCAUAAAAGAAUUGGACGCCCAUGAGCCCCCAUCGGAUGAGCUUAAGGCUUGUUGGAAGGCCUUCUCAAGAGCCGACAUCAAGGAUCUGCUGAAGAAUGGCAACCUCGAUGAUCUCCAAGAUCCUAAACAUGCAGCUGAGUUCUGUCUGGCGGGCACAGUUUCAGCAGAGACACUAAACAAGGCAAUCCGCCAUCUUUCCCUCGACAACCAUGACCCAGAACUCCAUAUUACACAGGAUGCACCGAUAUACUAUCACCCUAUUCUCCCAGGUCUCCUAAUCUUCCCAUCCCUCAUCCCCCCAGCCGUCCAAAAACUCAUCCUCCGCCGCCUCGUCCACCGAGACCUCAGCCAACCCGCUCACCAAACCAACCUUCAUCUUCAUUUCAACCUCCCCUAUCCCUCUCCAGACCAGAACGACGGGGACAUCUCCUUUUUCAGCUACACCCCGUUCUCGCCAGUCACUUUCACCCCCAAGGACCCAUCCGUCCACCGCCCCCUCACCAUCAAGCAGGUUCUCGAUCGCAAGCUGCAUUGGGUGACUCUCGGCGGUCAGUACGACUGGACAAACAGGGUUUACCCGGAAGGUGAGGAGCCGCCCGCAUUUCCGGCUGAUUUGGCUGGGUUUUUGGAGACUGUGUUUCCCGAGACACUGGCCCAGGCGGCAAUUGUGAAUUUUUAUACGCCUGGAGACACGAUGAUGAUGCAUCGAGAUGUCUCGGAGGAGACGGAUAAAGGGUUGGUGAGUCUGAGUUUUGGCUGUGAGGGGCUGUUUAUGAUUGCGCCGAAGGAUCCGUGGAAGGAGGGGGAAGAAGGGGUUGGAGGAAGGAACGAUGGGGAAAAGAAGUGGUUGUUGCUGAGGUUAAGGUCGGGAGAUGCGAUUUACAUGACGAAGGAGUCGCGGUUUGCGUGGCAUGGUGUCCCGAAGGUUAUUAAAGGGACGUGUCCCGAUUAUUUGAAGGAUUGGCCAGCGGAGGAUGGGAAGUAUGAGGAUUGGAAGGGAUGGAUGAGCAAUAAGAGGAUCAAUCUCAAUGUCCGGCAGAUGAAGGACUAG